AAAAAAAAAUAUUUAUGAAAUUAGCUCUUCAAAAGUGAAACAGUUUUGAGUUUGAGAAAAAAAGAAAGAAACUAGUUGAUGGAUCUGUUGGGGCUGGUUCCAGUUUUCAUUGAUGGAUAGCGAGCAAGCGAGGUGUCGAGCAGCGGUGAAGGGGAAGUGUUGCAGGUUUUAGAAUAAUAGUGGCGGAGGCGUGAAUGUGUGAGUGUCUUGUUUCAUAGCUGAAGAAAAAAAGUAAGCAACGAGAAGCCGAGCAUAAUAUAGGACGGUGUUCGAAUUGGUGAACUUCAGUUGGUGAUCCCUGCUUCUCCGGCCGCGAGUUGCAGUGUAGUGUAGAAAACACAACCAACCGAGAAAUCGCGAGUGGUUUCAGAAAAAAAGAAGAAACAGUGAAGCCAACAACUACUUUUUUUCGGUGCGAAUUGAAAGUGGAUCAAAAGUAGCUCCAGCAGUAAUCAAAAGCAUAGUGCUGAGAGGUGGUGGUGCUGGUGGUAGCGCCAAAAGCAAAGCAAAAGUGAAGAAAAUAUCGACUGGAGAAAUUGGCUCUCUGGUGUGUGCUGUGUUGCUGUACGAGCGAGCGGAAAACUGUCUGCGAUCCCUGUGUUUUGCUGAGCAUCCACACCGUACAAUUUAACCGAAUUAAUGACUCCCGGGAAGCUGAUGAACGAAACCUUGAUCCGGAACUGACAGAUAGAGGGAAACACAACUCAACCACGCACCAAAAGCUCAUCGUCAUAGUUCAUAGAUAAACAGCUCUCUCAACGACCACAGCCAUCAUGUGCUCCCCAAACAAACCGUUGUCAAUAGCUGUUUGAUAUAGUUUCGCGUUUAGCCGGUAGUAACGCGACCUUAUCAGUCAAAACUGGGUGUUGUCCCCGAGUAUCCGUCGGAUUUGAUCGUUCCGCAACAAUACGGGCAAUACGACGUGCAACGGUCUCCCAACAACCAAAGGCUUCCGACAACUGCCUCCGUUGUCCCCGCCACCAAUUCGGCGCCGCCAACGGUCCCAUUUGUAGGAGACUUCGGUCAGACGCAGUCUCCUAUCGUGCAAUGUCGGAAGGAUUUGCCGCUGGUUUGCAGCAGGACGAUAUUCUUCAGCAGCAACAACAGCAGGGCGAGUGGUCGGCCUAUACCAUCAUGGAUUCGUCGCGUGUGUCCACGUGUCUGAUCUCGAUGCUAUUGAUCGUGUACGGUAGCUUUCGCAGUCUUAACAUGGAGCAGGAGCAACGCGAGAAGGAAAAAAAGCGCCAAAGCGAGAGCAUGAACAACCUGCUCACCGGUGAACCACUACUACCGGAACCAAAUAAAUUUGCAACCCUGGACACGAUGCACGCGCUCUGUCUUCCACUGGGAGCCUCCAUAUCACUGCUGGUCAUGUUCUUCUUUUUCGACUCCAUGCAAAUGCUUUUCGCCGUGUGUACAGCAAUCAUUGCCACCGUAGCGCUGGCGUUCCUUCUCCUUCCCAUGUGUCAGUAUAUCAUUCGGCCAUGUUCGGACGGUACCCGGAUAUCGUUUGGCGUGUGUGGUCGUUUCACGGCGGCCGAACUGUUCAGUUUUUCGUUGGCCGUGUCAAUCGUUUGCGUUUGGGUUCUAACCGGCCACUGGCUUUUGAUGGAUGCCAUGGGGAUGGGACUGUGUGUUGCAUUUAUAGCAUUCGUACGCUUACCAAGUCUGAAGGUGUCCACCCUGUUGCUCACCGGGCUGCUCAUCUACGACGUCUUUUGGGUGUUUUUCUCGUCGUACAUCUUCAGCACCAAUGUUAUGGUUAAGGUCGCUACUCGACCGGCAGACAAUCCCGUUGGAUUAGUCGCUCGCAAGCUGAACCUCGGCGGAAUUGUCAAAGAGCCACCCAAGCUGAAUCUACCGGGAAAGCUGGUAUUUCCCAGUAUACACAACAGUGGUCACUUUUCGAUGCUCGGACUGGGCGAUAUCGUCAUGCCAGGCCUGCUGUUGUGCUUCGUACUCCGCUACGAUGCGUACAAGAAGUCACAAUGUACGCAGACAGCGGAAGCUGGUGUACCGCCCCCGAGGGGAGUCGGCUCAAAGCUUACUUAUUUCCAUUGUUCCUUACUAGGUUAUUUUCUCGGUUUAUUAACCGCCACCGUUAGCUCGGAAGUAUUCAAGGCAGCACAGCCCGCUCUGCUGUAUCUAGUUCCGUUCACAUUGCUACCUCUGCUGACGAUGGCGUAUCUUAAGGGUGAUUUGCGGCGGAUGUGGAGCGAACCGUUCAUCAUACAGCAAGCAUCCAAGCAGUUAGACGUUUAAGCUGUAAUUAUCAUUAUUUUUUUCUGUAUGAAUGCAACACACGCAAAGACAUACAAUAGUAUUAAGGCUACGUUGAGUAGAGAAACUGAAAAGAAGAAAAAAACAUAACAAAAUCUAGAAACAAAAAAACAAGGAUUCUAACAUUAAGAUUAUACAUACAUGUAAGAGCUACAUAAGGAAACAACACCCUUUUUCAGAUAUGAAUGUAUUUAGUGAAACCAGAAAACAGUAAACAUGUGAACAAAUUUGCAAACAUAUGUUACACUACACAUAUGUUGCAUUCGAGAAUAAGGGACAACUCAUGAAAUCCCGCGGCAGUAUGAAAUGAACAAAUAAUAUAAUGUUAUUCAUUCAAAUGAAUAUGACUCAUGCGAAAACAAAAUGCGUAGUGAAGCUAGUAUAGGAGCCGACUGUAAUCGUUAAGUAACAGGUUUAUCAUUAUCGUAAUUCAUCUUCAGUUCAUUUUUCAUUCUUAAACAGUGCGUGAUUAGUUUUUUUUUUUAAUUCAUGCCGAGGUUCAUGCCAAUAACAAUAUCGAUCGUCAGAGCUCGAAAGAAGUUGAGCUUCUUCUCCGGAGUAACGUCUUUAACUAUACAAUUAGAAAUCUGAAUUUCACUCAAUUAUCAUUAUUUCCAUUACGUUUUUCAACGAUAGCAAAACACCACAUGAUCUUAAAUUGUGAGCUGAAAUACAAACAAAAAAAUGAAAACGCCCAGUUAAGUCAAAUUAUUAGCGAACCUAGACUUUGUGUAAAUGGAAACGAGAAAGACAGGGAAUCGACUGGAAAUUGUUGGGCAAUAGACCGCUGAGUGAACCACACCAACGAACUCAAAUCGUCACUCAUGUGGCUUUCCCACGCGUUAUCUGUGUUAAUCGCAUUAUCAAGAAUGUAAAAUUUAGCGCAAUUAUGAGAAAAAAAAUCUAAAUUAAUCCAGACGGAAGAAAAAUCAAAGUCACUCACAAACACGCGUAAUUAUAAAAUGAAUAUAAAAAUGUGAUAAUUUUAUAUAAUUUCUAUUUUUUCACUCUCUGUGUAUGCCUAACUCGAAUGUAUACUUUCUGAUUUUUUUUUAAAUAGAGAAGUCUGUUUGAAUUAGCGAAAUAAAACCGUUUUUUGAACAUUAAA